AAAGUGAUUCUAACAGUGCUCUUUCUUGCAGCUCCCUCUGAAGGAAGGGCGAAUUGACAGGCCAUUCCACUCUUUUACUGCAGUGAUUCUUCCUUUCCAAAAGUUUCAUCUGCAUCACCAUGGCUCUUUGGAUCCGUUCCCUACCUCUCCUGCUGCUGCUGGCUGUUUCAGCUCCUACAGUUAGCCAAGCUAUUCCCAGCGAGCGUCUGUGCGGUUCUCAUCUGGUGGAAGCCCUUUUCCUUGUAUGUGGAGAGCGGGGCUUCUACUAUUCCCCCAGGACCCGAAGGAACAUGGAACAACCACUUGUGAAUGGUCCUUUAUCAAAUGAGGUGGAAGUACCCUAUCAAGAAAUUCAUAAAAUGAAGAGAGGAAUUGUGGAGCAAUGCUGUGAAAAUAUCUGCUCUCUCAAUGAACUAGAGAACUAUUGUAACUAG